AUGCGCUCUACCACCGUCCUCAUCGCCGCUGCUGCGCUCGCUGCCCCGCUCGUCGCCGCCUACCCGACUCCUCCAGCUCCUAAUGGCGAGGCUCCUGCCCCCAGCCAACCGUCGAAUUGGGUGGGAAAGGCGAAUGGUAUGAAGGGCAAGCAUCCCCACCACCACUCCCACCCCCAUAACGCCGCUGCGGCCGAGCGACCCGAGGAAAACGAGAACCACCGGGCGGUCCAGCGUGACCUCGUGGAAUUCCUGGCUCGCGCUCUCCAGGAGGCCGAGCCUGAGAACCCGAAAGGGAGCCAGCCUGCGCAGACGCAGGUCAGCAAGCCUGCUACGCCGCAAGGUGCCGGCAGUGAGCACCCUCAGGGUCAGGAACGUAAGCACCGCAAACACCGCAAACAUCCGCAUGGCCAGGGGCGCAAGCACCCUCAGGGCCAGCAGGGUAAGCAACCUCAAGGCCAGGAGCAACAACAUGCGCAGGGUCAACAGCCUCAACAACCGCAGGGCCAGGAGGGCGGCGUCCAACACGUCCACCAGCGCGAGUACGAGCAUGAGCGCGAACGCGGUCGCGGACACUUCCACGACCAUGAGCGGGAGCACGAGCACGAGCGCGGACACUUCCGCGAGCAUGAAUUCUCGCACCCGCACCAUCACGGCCAUGAGCACGGACACGACGGCUAUGGCCGCUGGCGCGGCGAAGGCCACGGUCGCAAGUUCCGCGGGGACUUCAGGCACCACGACGAGCACGCCUCGGAGCACCGCGGUGGUCGCUUCCACCACGACGAGGACCGCUUCCGCCACGACGGGGGCCGCGAGAGUGCUCAAGGUCGGGAACAUGAGAGCCCCCGCCCCGCUGGCCACGAAGCGGAGCACAAGGGCCGCUCCGACAUGUACGACCUUCAGAGGCGAAUUGUCCCGGUGAACAUUGGCACGGUCAGGCCUCACAACGUUCCUUACAACCCUAUUGAUGGCUGGAAUGUUCAUGCUGUGGCGCGUUCCAUUCUCGACGAGUUGGACUGA